AUGUGGUUUUUGAAAGGUGAAGACAAUAGUUAUUUGUACAUGCCACUGCGUAGAGAUAAUUACUCAAUUGGAAAACAUAAAUCAGCUGAUUUAAUGUUAACUCAUCCAAGUACGGAUGAUUUUCAUGCGAAGAUUACAAUUGCUGAAAAAACUAAAACUAUUUUCAGAACUUUGUUAAAUUAUGAAAACAGAAAUUAUCCUACAUGUACCAUCACUGAUCUUGAAUCAUCAACUGGAACGUUCCUAGGAAGAAAUGGAAAUUUCAACAAUUUAGAUCCUUGGGAAUCAUGUCAAUUGACGGCUGGUGAUAGAUUAAUAUUUGGCAAAGAUUCAAAUGUUUACGAAGUUAACUUUGAAAAGGCAAUUGUUUGUGUUCCAGAAAAAUGGGAUCGAAGAGAAAAAGUAAUUGCAAAUUUGCAAAAGCUAGGUAUAACAGUGUACAAGAAAUUGAAUUCUCAGUGUACUCACUACGUGCAUCCUGAUGAUACACCUAUAACACAUAGAUAUGCUUCAGCACUAGCACAAGGAGUUUGGAUUACUGGCCCAAACACCCUCGAAAUAGAUGACUAUGGCCGUGUAGUAAAAAGUGCUGGUGGAAAUGUUGAGUUAUAUUGCAAAGUCUCGUUUGAAGACAAGAAAUUAGAUGAGACAUUAUUGUUAGUUAAGCCUUAUGUUAAAGAGAUGACGCUUCAAAAUGGAUCUGUCAUUAAUCUCGACGAUUAUAAUCAAAUUUUAUCAAUGUUGAUAGACAUGAAGAGAAGAGUAAUUAUUAGAUCAGAAAUAACUGCAGCUAUAUUGAAAAAUUCUACCGACUUCUACUGUAAUCAAUUCAUUCCGUUGGACGACGUCACUGGCCGCAAACGUUCUGCUGAAAAAGCUUUAGUUGAAGAAAAAAAUUCUUCAAAAAUCAUUGUCUUAGAUGAUAGUGAUGAUGAUGAAUUUGAACCAGCGGCUCCCAAAAAUACCAAGUUUAAGAAAUUUAAAAACAAUACGGAAAAAUUUCCAGACAUUUUUAAACCACAAUCUUCAGAUUAUAUGAAUAAAUUUACUUCAAAGAAACCAAGCACCAGAAAAAAUCUCCCAGAUCAGGUUACAUGGCUUUCUGCUAGGCCUGGACAACAAUCUAACCCUGUGAUUAAAACUAAGUAUGAUGAAAUGAAACCCUUAUCACCUCCAGAGAGUCCAGCAAAGACUGUAAGCCUUGACAGGAUGAUCACUCUUUCGCACUCGAUUGGAGAUCAUAUCGAAGCUAUUAGAAAAAUACAGGACAAGUUAAACUUUGAUCCAUUUAAACCAAUGUCUAAAUAA